GUGGAGAAGAAGAAGAGCGGUUUUAGAGGGAAAAAGGAGCUGAUCUGCUGAAGAAUGAUCUCCUGCUACAAGUCUUCUGCUCUAAACAACAACUUUCCAACUAGUUUUCAAAUUACCCUUCAAAAACACAGCAUGAAACUGCUGAAAUAAGGAAAGACUGGAUGUGAGAAUACGGUGUCUGGAAGUUCCAGUACUCCGAAAACAUGAACACACCUUGCAGACCAACACAAAAAAUUGCAGGCAAAAAAACUCACUACUGCUCAGAGUGUGGAAAGAGUUUUACUAAACAGUGUCAUCUGCGAACACACCAGCGCAUUCACACAGGAGAGAAACCAUAUCACUGCUCAGAGUGUGGAAAGAGUUUUACUAAACAGAGUAGUCUCAAAACACACCAGCGCAUUCACACAGGAGAGAAACCGUAUCACUGCUCAGUAUGUGGACUGAGCUUUAAUCAACACAGUAGUCUCAAAACACACCAGCGCAUUCACACAGGAGAGAAACCGUAUCACUGCUCAGAAUGUGGACUGAGCUUUAAUCAACACGGUAACCUCAAAACACACCAGCGCAUUCACACAGGAGAGAAACUGUAUCACUGCUCAGACUGUGGGAAGAGUUUUAGUCAACAGAGUCAUCUCCAAACACACCAGCGCAUUCACACAGGAGAGAAACCGUAUUACUGCUCAGACUGUGGCAAGAGUUUUAGUUCACAGAGUAGUCUCCAACAACACCAGCGCUUUCACACAGGAGAGAAACCGUAUCAUUGCUCAGACUGUGGGAAGAGUUUUAGUCAACAGAGUCAUCUCCGAAUACACCAGCGCAUUCACACAGGAGAGAAACCGUAUCACUGCUUAGAUUGUGGGAAGAGUUUUACUUCACAGAGUACUCUCCAACAACACCAGCACAUUCACACUGGACAGAAACCUUAUCACUGCUCAGACUGUGGAAAGAGUUUUACUUCACUGACUAACCUCCAAACACACCAGCGCAUUCACACGGGAGAGAAACCGUAUUACUGCUUUGAGUGUGGAAAGAGUUUUAUUCAACAGAGUAAUCUCCGAACACACCAGGUCACUCACACAGGAGAGAAACCGUAUCACUGCUCAGAGUGUGGACUGAGCUAUACUCAACAGAGUAGUCUCCGAAUACACCAGCGCAUUCACACAGGAGAGAAACCGUAUCACUGCUCAGAGUGUGGACAGAGUUUUACAGAAAGUGGUAACCUCAAAAAACACCAGCGCAUUCACACAGGAGAGAAACCGUAUCACUGCUCAGAGUGUGGACAGAGUUUUAGAGAAAGUGGUUCCCUCAAAAAUCACCAGUGCAUUCACUCCUGAGAAAACAACAUCACUGCUCAGAGUUUGGGAAGAGCUUCAGUCCUUUAAUUUUAAGGCACACGCAUGAUUUCAAUGGAUUUCAAAAAAAAUAUUUGGGCUUCUGUCCUGAGUUAGAAAUGAAAUCUUACUUUAUCAGGUAAGAGCCUUCACUGAUUUCAAUGCAUAGCUUUUUCCCCCCUUUUUUUUUGUCCAAGCAGUUAAAUGGAAGAAUAUAUAUAUAUAUAUAUUUUUUUUUCCAGCUUACUACAAGUUUCAUCUUCUGAGAACCAGAAGAGCUAAUAUUUCAUUUCCUUGAACAGCUCUGCUUUGCUGAGUGAGAUGAAAAGGGCCAUUACUGAAGCUUACAUCUGAGAUGUGCAGUGGUGAAUUAAGUGACCCUUAUUAGUCCCACAACGGGGAAAUUUCACCUCCACGUUUAACCCAUCUGUGCAGUGAAACACCACAUACACACUAGUGAAUGUACACACACUAGGGGCAGAGAGCACAUUUGCCCAGAACUGUGGGCAAACCUAUCCACAGCGCCCGGGAACAGUUGGGAGUUAGGUGCCUUGCUCAAAGUAUGUGACUUCAGUCACAUACUUUCAGCCGAGGGGACCAAACCGGCGACCUUCUGUUCACAGGGCUGGUUCCCUAACCUCCAGCCCAUGACUGCCCAAUCUAGCCCACGGCUGCCCUUAGUUAUACAGUUAGGCUGUUCUCACUAAAUAACAAUCACUGAGUAAAGAAGACAACACAAGUUAUUCAGCAUUUUUCACUGUUGAGGCUAAAUGUUUUGGUAUGGUCAGACUUCAACAAGAUGUUACAGUGUAUAUGUGGGACUUUUUGCCCAUUCAUCCUGAAGAGCAUAUGUGCAGGAAGACACUGAUGUUGGAGGAGAGGGCAUGGCUCGCAAUCUCCAUUCUAGUUCAUCCCAGAGGUGUUUGAUGGGGUAGAGGUCAGGGCUUUGUGUGUGCCAGUCAAAUUCUUCCACACCAACUUGUACUUGGUGAUUUAAGGCUUGUAUGCAGCUAUUUGGACAAUAAAACCCAGUCCUAGUGACCAGUUUUUGUUCUGAUGUUAAUGCCAGAGGAGGUUCGGAACUGUGCAGUUAUCGAGUUAACAGAGUGUUGGUAACUUUUAGGCAUUAUGUGCCUCAAUGCUUGCCAUCACACUCUGUAACUUUACAUGGUGACACUUUGCGUUGCUAUGGUUCCUAAAUGCUUCCACUUUUCAAUAAUACAGCUCAUAGUUGAUUGCCAAAUAUCAGCAUGGCAUUGCGUAUCAAGUUGGCAUUUGUAGUGGAUGAUGCCAUUAUCUACCUGCUGGACAGAACAUACUUUCAUCUGGACACAUCAGGCAGCACUGUGAGUACCAUGUUCUUCCAGCGCAUUCAUGACCGUACAGCCUGUGCUGUUAGGGGAGAAGGUACAACUGAUGGAGGUGGAUGAAUCUAUCAUCGCAUGGAUAAUGGACUGUCUUACUGGAUGAUCUCUGUGCAUGUGACUGCAGGGCUGUGUCUCAGACAAGGCUGUCUGCAGUGUUGGGGCACCACAGAGGACUGAAUUAGCCCCAUUCUUGUUCAACCAGGACACCACUGAUUUCAGGUACAACACAGAGUCAUGACCUCUGCAAAAAAUCUCGGAUGACAUGUCAAUAGUGGGGUGCGUGAGGAGUGGACAGAAGGAGGAAUACAGGAAGCUGGAGAAGGACUUUUAUGACUGGUAUAAGCUGGACUUCCAAGCCUGACUUGUCACCAGUCACCAAUGAUGGAGUUGAUGUGGAGGUGGUGGGAACCUACAGAUAUCUGGGUGUGCACUUGGACAACAAGCUGGACUGGAGCUGUAACACUCUUGCAGUGUACAAGACCGGCCAAAGCUGUCUAUGUUUCCUGAGGAGGCUGAGGUCUUUUGGUGUGUGCAUGAAGCUCCUAUGGACAUUCUACUAGUCUGUUGUCAGCAAGUACUUUAUUCUAGGCUGUUGUGUCCUGGGGCAGCAGCAGAAAGUGCUCUGAACAAAAUAAACAAACUUAUUAGGACGGCUGGCUCUGUUGUGGGAGUCAAGCUGGACUCUUUGGAGGUUGUGGCAGAACAAAGGACUCUCAACAAGCUGUUAGCCAUCUUGGACAAGACCUCACACCCCCUGCAUGCUACACAGGAAAAACAGAGAAACACUUAAUGGCCUGUUACCUCAGUCAGCAUUAUGAAAGAGUCUUGUUUAACCCAUACCUCUCAACCAGGAGCCAGUUUGUGAAAAGUUAGAUGAUAAUAAAAGUGAAACUUUUAUCAGUUGUAUCACAUUCUAUUUUAACAAAUUCUGUUUUAUGUCUUGUUUUUCUGUCUAUCUCUGGUCUGUAUGGAUUUCCCAGUUUUUGGACCUUUUGGACUACUGGCUCACAGAUUUUUAUUUGUUAAUUGAACUACCAGUUGCAAUAGUUUUAGCCAACCACCCCAAGCCCUGAACUGUAUCCACAGUGAGUUUCCACCCUCCCAAGUUGUUGUUGGCAGAUUUGCUGGGUUGUCUAAUCUAACUGCUUUUCUGCAUUCAUUAUGGGUUUGUAAUUUCUGUAGUGUUUGGAAUGGUUGAAUUCUAAUGUUUAACUAUGUUGUGGUGAUUGUGAUGUUAUGCCAAUUGGAUUUGUCAAUAAAACUAUGUUGUUUAGCCCUGGAUUAUGUUUGCUCAUCUGUAUUUUUUUAUUUAAAUUGUCUUCUUUGGUUAAAGUUUUCUUUCUUUGAAGUGGGUCGUGUAUUUAGUAAAUGAACCAAAAAGCUUACAUGCCCAAUUGUAGGUUUUGUUUUUAAU